UAUAACCCAUCGCUUCCGCUAGGGUUUCCGAUUCUAGGGCUUCAGGAAGAGUUAGCCGGGGAAGCAGCAGCCAUGGUCCUCAAGACGGAGCUUUGCCGUUUCAGUGGUGCCAAGAUUUAUCCUGGCAGGGGAAUCAGAUUUAUCAGAUCUGACUCUCAGGUGUUUCUGUUUGCCAACUCCAAGUGCAAACGCUAUUUCCACAACCGGUUGAAGCCAUCCAAGCUGACAUGGACUGCCAUGUACAGAAAACAGCACAAAAAGGAUAUCGCCCAAGAAGCUGUGAAGAAGAGGAGACGGGCCACCAAGAAGCCGUACUCCAGGUCCAUUGUAGGUGCUACUUUGGAAGUCAUUCAGAAGAAAAGAACUGAGAAGCCAGAGGUUCGUGAUGCUGCCAGAGAAGCUGCUCUCCGUGAGAUAAAGGAGAGAAUCAAGAAGACAAAGGAUGAGAAGAAGGCGAAAAAGGCAGAGGUUAUGUCUAAGCAGCAGAAGUCUCAGGCUAAGGGAAAUCUCUCCAAGGGGGCUGCACCCAAAGGUCCCAAGUUGGGAGGUGGCGGUGGUAAACGCUGAUAAGGCAAAGCCUCUCUUGCCUCUACUCUUUUGGUAGUUUGCGCCUUUUAUAGUGUUAUUUGUUCAUUUUCAGAACAUUCUGCAAGAAUACCUGACUGAGUUGUUGUGCUGUCCAUUUUAUGCACUCAGGAGAAUUUGUUUGUUGCGUAUGAACUUUGUUAAGUUGUUGAGAUUAUUACCGGUUAAACAGAUUUGGCUCGGUUUCUUUACCGGUUAUCUGUAAUGUGUAUUGGUAUUUGA